UCGGUUUGGCUCACCGGCUUCGCUAAUCGCCGCUGGAUCCACCAGUCUAACUUGGCCUCCUCCUCCCUCCCUCCCUCCCUCCCCUCCAGCGAGGCGAGCACGUGGCCGAAUCAGCUGACCGAACCCUAACCCUACCUCUCUCUCUCUCUCCCUCUCUCCCACCGUCGCGAGGCUUCUCGAGGCGGCGGCGGAGAUGGAGACCUCCACCACCGGCGGCGCCUCCGCCUCGUCGGCGGCGGCGUCGUCCUCCUCGGGCCCCUCCACCUCCGCGUCCGCGUCCGGUUCCGCCGCCGGCGCCACCCACUACCUCGCCAAGCGGGUGCUCCGGGGCAGCGCCGUGCUCCACGUCGCCGAGGGGUGCUUCCGCUCGCCCGACUCCGCCGACGUCGUCCUCGCCAAGGAAACUUCGCUAGAGUUGGUUGCUGUUGGUGAUGAUGGUGUUUUGCAGUCAAUCUGUGAACAAGACAUGUUUGGGAUUGUAAAAGAUAUUGGUGUCUUGCAAUGGCACUCCAGACAUAUUGGUUUAAUUCCACAGAUAGAACACAAAGAUCUUCUGGUUGUGCUUUCAGAUUCUGGAAAGCUUUCCCUUCUUUACUUUUGCCCUGAGAUGCAUAGGUUCUUUGCAAUUGCCAAUAUUGAGUUAUCCAAACCAGGAAAUCUGAGGCAUCAGCUGGGAAGAGUUUUAGCUAUAGAUCGAGAAUCUAGUUUUGUUGCUGUCAGUGCAUAUGAGGAUAAGUUUGCUCUUAUACAAGUUUCAGUGUGUCAGAGUCUUCAUGGUUCUGGCAGAGGUACCAUUUCUGAUAAGAAAUAUUUUUAUCCACCAGAAAAUGAAGAGGAUGAAAGAACUGUAAGUGGUGCAUCUAGGACCAGCGUCCGCGGUACGAUUUGGAACAUGCGCUUCAUAUCUACAUCCCAAGAUGAAGAGUACUAUCCAGUUCUGGCAAUGAUAAUUAAUAGGAAGGGCUCUGAUGUGAAUGACUUGUCAUUAUUUGGACAUGACUCCAGCAGUGGUGUAAUCAACCACAUCUCUAGUUAUUCAGAAAUCGGACCAUUGGCACUUGACAUAUCAGAAAUUCCUGAAAUGUUUGGCUUUGCACUUCUGUUUCGUGUUGGUGAUGCUUUAUUGUUGGAUCUUAGAAACCCAAGGAACGUCUGUUGUGUCCGAAGAAUUAGCUUGACGACUAGCCUGAUUGGAGAGCCAGUCACCGUUGAAGAUUCCUGUUCAGUAUUAGACGUUGAUGACGAUGUGGCUGCUUGUGCUUUGCUAGAAUUGAGAGAUUCUGCAAAUAACAUACUGAAGGAUGACGGUUAUAUGGACAUUGAUGGUGUUGACAGCAGAGGUAGCGUGAAAUCAAGGAUCGUUUGCUCAUGGAGCUGGGAGCCACCUGACCCUAUCAAACAAGGAUGGGCAAGGCUUCUAUUUUGCUUAGAUGAUGGAGAGUUUCAUAUUUUGGAGUUUACUGCCGAUGUUGAAGGAGUGAAGUUGUGCACCUUUGAGUAUAUUGAUAGGAGUUUGCCCUGCAAACCUCUUUUGUGGAUGAAAAAUAGAAUGAUAAUAGGAUUUGUAGAGAUGGGGGAUGGUAUAAUAUUUAAACUUGGACAUCGUAGAUUGUUUCACAAAAGCACAAUUCAGAAUGUAGCACCAAUAUUGGAUCUAGCGAUUGCUGAUUACCAUGGUGAGAAACAGGAUCAGAUGUUUGCAUGUUGUGGUAUGUGCCCUGAGGGCUCUUUGCGAGUUCUACGGAAUGGUGUCAAUGUGGAGAAACUUCUGAGGACCGAAGCUAUUUAUCAGGGUGUUACUGGAUUGUGGACUUUGAGAAUGAAGAUAACUGAUGCUUAUCACUCUUUUCUUGUGUUAUCAUUUGUGGAGGAAACCAGAAUACUAUCAGUAGGGAUAAGUUUUAACGACAUCAGUGAUGCCGUGGGAUUCCAGCCUGAUGUUUGCACUUUGGCAUGUGGUUUGGUGGCUGAUGGUUUGCUCGUGCAAAUUCACAGUAAAGGUGUAAAGCUCUGUUUGCCUACAGUAUAUGCUCACCCUGAAGGUGCCCAUUUCACUUCUCCAAUUUGCACCAACUGGUAUCCUGAUGUUACUAUCAGUGUUGGUGCUGUAGGACAUAAUGUUGUUGUUGUUGCUACAUCAAAUCCUUGUUGCCUUUAUGUCCUUGGAGUUAGAUCAUCUUCGUCUUACCAGUACGAGUUGUAUGAGACACAGCACGUUCAAUUGCAAUUUGAAGUAUCGUGCAUAUCCAUCCCGCAAGAGGAUUGGAGACCUGAUAAUGUAACUUUAAGUGGUGGAGAGCGUGAUGAUUUUUGUAACAAUCCCUUGGCUAAAGUUAAUAUCCGCAAGUUUGCUGUUAUUGGAACUCAUAAACCUUCUGUGGAAAUCAUCUCCGUGGAACCUGGAGAAGCAUUAAGGUUAUUGACUAUUGGGACUAUAUCAGUGAGCAAUGCACUUGGUGCUCCAAUUAGUGGUUGUAUACCUGAAAAUGUGAGAUUUGUUGCGGCUGAGAGGUUUUACAUCCUUGCAGGCUUGCGAAAUGGAAUGCUACUAAGAUUUGAGUCGGAAGCAAGCGAGCAUUAUUUUCCUGGUUCCUUCUACAAGGACUCUUCUAUCCCAUCUGUUGAUACAUUUCUUCAGUUGAUUUCUAUACGGCGUAUUGGAAUUACUCCUGUAUUCUUGGUACCAAUACAUGAUUCAGCCAAUGCUGAUAUCAUUGUUCUCAGUGAUAGGCCUUGGCUAUUACAUGCGGCAAGACAUAGUCUGGCAUAUUCAUCCAUUUCUUUUCUUCCUGCUUCUCAUGUGACGCCAGUAUCAUCUGCUGAUUGCCCCAAUGGUCUACUGUUUGUUGCUGAGAGCUGUUUGCAUUUGGUUGAAAUGGUUCAUGGGAAGCGAUUGAAUGCACAAAAGUUUUCAAUUGGGGGGACUCCAAGGAAAGUGCUAUACCAUAAUGAAAGCAGAACACUGUUGGUACUAAGAACUGGGCUAAGUGGUGCAUCAUGUUCUUCAGAUAUUGUUCAAGUAGAUCCACAAAAUGGGGUAUUGCUUUCCAGAUAUAAAUGUGAACCUGGUGAAACAGCAAAGUGCAUGCAAAUUACAAAAAUAGGAAGUGAUCAAGUUUUAAUUGUCGGGACCAGUAGAUCUGCUGGACGGCCAAUGAUGUCAAAUGGUGAAGCAGAAAGCAGUACCAAGGGACGCCUGAUUAUUUUAAGCUUGGAGGCUGUUGAAAGUCCUCGUGAGAGCAGUUCAUUUAUUCCAACUUCCAGUUUUAAUCCCUCUUCACAUUCUGGCUCUCCUUUCCAUGAGAUUAUUGGAUAUACAACAGAAGAAUUUUCUAGUAACAGCCUGUGCAGCAGUCCUGAUGAGUUUUGCUGCAACCAGAUUCAAGCUGAACAAAUGGCAGGACAUUUGAGAUCGUUAACUCAUGCUUCCUUGAGUGGUGCAGUCCUUGCCGUGUACCCAUAUCUAGAUCGUUAUGUGUUGGCAGCUGCUGGUAAUACGAUUUAUGUAUUUGGUUUCGCAAAUGAAAAUCCCCAUAGGAUGAAAAAGUGUGCUGUUGGUAGAACACGGUUUACAAUAACCUGUUUGAAGACAUUUGCAUCACGGAUUGCAGUUGGUGAUUGUCGUGAUGGUGUUCUAUUCUAUUCUUAUAAUGAGAGUCUUAGGAAACUGGAGUUGAUCUAUUCUGAUCCUGCUCAAAGAUUGGUGGGUGAUAUUGCUCUUUUAAAUUGUGAAACUGCUGUCGUAUCAGACCGGCGUGGGAGUAUAUCUGUAUUAUCUAGCGCAAGAUUGGAAGUUUCAGAAAGUCCACAGAAGAACUUAGCUGUAAAUUGUUCAUUUUAUAUGGGCGAAACAGCUAUGAGCAUUCAGAAGGCUGCAUUCAGGUAUCGGCUUCCAAUUGAUGAUGAUACUGACCCGGUUCUUGAGACGGCUUAUGACUGUAUCGUGGCAAGUACCUUGCUGGGGAGUCUCUUUGUUAUGAUUCCGCUUACAAGUGAGGAACAUCAGCUGUUGCAAGAUGUCCAAGAAAGGCUCGCGGUGCACCCGUUGACUGCACCAGUCUUGGGAAAUGAUCAUGCAGAAUUUCGUCAGCGCAGUAUCCCAUCAGGAGUACCUCCCAUUCUUGAUGGCGAUAUGCUAGUGCUAUUCUUGGAGCUCACUGGUGAGCAGCAGCAAGCCAUCCUUUCACAUGCUUUGCCUGGGAAGGGGCCACGUGCGCCUGUCUCGGUUUUCCAGGUUUUGCGAACAUUGGAGCGUGUCCAUUAUGCACUCAACUGAGGGUUUCUCCAAACAAACUUGCUUGACCUUGGCAGUUUGAGAUGGUCGCAGCUGAGGGUUGAUUAACCUUCACAGCUGGUUGCUAAAAUUGGUGCCAGGAUACUAUCAGAAUGUGCGAAUGAUGAUGCAGCUGGAGCAUAAGAAAAACUCAUAAUGCGGUGCCCUGUUUGUGACUAGGCACCAGAUUGGUCAAAAUUCCUGUAUAUAUAUAACCUGUGUUCGGUGAAAGGACGUUGGUACAGCCGCUGCUUUGUUGGACUGUUGUAUGCUGCCUCCUGAAUAGAAACGACAUUCUUUUCGUUUGUUUCCCAGAUAGAUAAUGUAUGCUUCUUUCUAGGUCUCUGUUUUUUUUGGGCCAGUUGGUGGGAAGCUAUGAGAAAUAAGGAAAACCAUUGGCACUUGCGUGCUAUUUGGUCU